AUGCUCUUCCACAUUGAGGCCACGGAGACGGUCCAGCUUCGCCCGUGCGACUUCCACGAGCACUACGCUACGGCAGUUAUUGCACUGAUGAAGGAACAGCUUUUUAAUGGGGUGUCUCACACGUUUGGAAAAGUCCUUCAAGUCAUAAUACACCCAGACUUGAUCCCAAAAACGCCUCUCCUGCAGCCCCAUACUGGUGUAGCGACAUUCCAGGUGGCAUACAAAGCUAUAAUAGAGCGUCCAAUGCGUAAUGAGCGAGCUGUGGCAUAUGUUGAGAGUAUCGAGCGGAGCAAUGAUAACUUCUUUAUACUGAAACUUCUGUUGGGCUCAUAUAUUCUCGAAACUACGCUCUUAGACAAGCUGUACCGAGAAACAUCAAUAGGGGGGCUGGAGCUGGUCGAAGAAAACUACAGCCCGAAGGAAGACAACGCCUUUCGUCUUGAGAAGAUAAGCCAAGGGGACUUUGUGCGCAUUAUAGUCACCUCCUCAGACUCCUGUCAACUAAUGGACGCCGCCCAAGAGGACGACGUCGAGUCGGACGACGAGGAUAAGGGAUACUAUGGCGACGAUUAA